CGACUGUACUUCGCUAUACAACACUAACGCUUUCUCUGUGAGUGACAGCAGUUCACAAACGUCAUCAAUUUUGCAGUGAAGAAAAAGUGCAAGAGCCUAAAAUUUUACUCAAGUUAUUUCAAUAUUCAAAAAAAAUCUAGUUUAUAAUUGCAAAAACAAUUGUGAUGAGUGUAAUAAAACGUAACUUUAUCAAAUGCUAAGGAACAGCCGCUUGUUGAAGUAAUACUGCGAUUUUCCUCACAUUUUGCUUUGAUUCCGCACCUUCAAACGCCCCCAAACAGAUUGCGAUUGUUAAAACCUUGUUUGUGUCUUUGCCCAUACGCCAAAGCGCUGUGAAUGAUAUCUUCCGCCUCCCCAGUUGGUCUGUUCGGAAGCGUUUACCACAACCGUAACAGCAAUAGUGUCAUCAAUAUGCAGCAACAAUCCAGCGCCUCCGGCAGCAGCCCUUUCGCCACCUACUCGUCCUCCUCGUCUAGUCCACAAAUGGGCUUGGAUGUCGAGUUUGGUGCUGAUCCGGCAAGUGGCGCAUUCUUUCAAAAUGAAGGACGCAAACAUGAUGACCUCAAACAAAUGUUAGACAGCAAUAAAGAUGGUCUCAAGCUAGAAGCUAUGAAACGCAUUAUAGGCAUGAUCGCACGUGGUCGGGAUGCAAGCGAUUUAUUUCCAGCUGUGGUGAAAAAUGUUGUUUCGAAGAAUAUUGAAGUGAAAAAAUUGGUGUACGUUUAUUUGGUACGCUAUGCAGAAGAGCAGCAAGACUUAGCACUGCUGUCUAUAUCGACAUUCCAACGUGCAUUGAAGGAUCCCAAUCAAUUGAUACGCGCAUCCGCUUUGCGUGUGCUAUCAUCCAUUCGUGUGAGCAUGAUUGUACCCAUUGUUAUGUUAGCCAUACGUGACAGUGCUAUGGACAUGAGUCCAUAUGUGCGUAAGACAGCAGCACAUGCUAUACCGAAAUUAUACUCGCUUGAUGCAGAGCAGAAAGACGAGCUGGUGACGGUGAUUGAGAAAUUACUAUCAGAUCGCACAACGCUUGUUGUGGGAUCGGCAGUGAUGGCAUUUGAUGAGGUUUGCCCGGAGCGUGUUGAUCUCAUACACAAAAAUUACCGCAAACUAUGCAAUUUACUUGUCGAUGUUGACGAAUGGGGUCAGGUGAUCAUUAUAAAUAUGCUAACCCGCUACGCUCGAACUCAAUUCGUUGAUCCCAAUGCUGACGAGCCCGUCGAAAGCGAGUUAAAAGAAAAACCAGAUGGCGCUACAGGUGAAAAUUUCUAUGAAGAGUCUUCAACUGGUGACUCCUCCGAUGCCAGUGGUAAGGAAAAACAUAAGAAAAGUAAACGUAAGGCCAAGUCUGACACCACAAAAGAACGCACCUAUUCAUCAUCCUCAUCGUAUCAUGUGGACUUGGAUCAUCGUCUACUCUUGCGUCAAACAAAACCACUGUUACAGUCGCGCAACGCCUCAGUGGUCAUGGCUGUGGCUCAACUGUACCAUCAUGUGGCUCCGCGCAACGAAGUACAGCUAAUUGCCAAAGCGUUAAUACGUUUGCUGCGUUCGCAUAAGGAGGUGCAAAGUGUUGUGCUCACCUGUAUUGCCUCGAUGUCGACAAAGCGCAAAGGCAUUUUCGAACCACACAUCAAAUCAUUUUUUGUGCGUACCAGCGAUCCGACUCACAUUAAAUUGCUCAAAUUGGACAUACUGACCAAUUUGGCUUCGGCAUCGACUAUCGCGCUGAUUUUGCGCGAAUUCCAAACAUACAUUUCCAGCAGCGAUCGCUCAUUCGUGGCUGCCACAAUACAAGCCAUCGGACGCUGUGCAGCUUCCAUAAAGGAAGUAACAGAAACUUGCCUCAGUGGGUUGGUUCACUUGCUAUCCAAUCGCGAUGAACACGUCGUUGCGGAAAGUGUGGUCGUCAUCAAAAAUUUACUGCAGUCCAAAUCAGCCGAGCACUAUGAAAUCAUCUCACAGAUGGCAAAACUUAUUGACUACAUUACCAUACCGGCAGCGCGUGCUUCAAUAUUGUGGCUCAUUGGCGAAUAUAACGAGAAAGUGCCAAAGAUUGCGCCUGAUGUGCUGCGCAAAAUCGCAAAAACUUUUGUGGAUGAGGAGGAUGUUGUUAAGCUUCAAAUUCUUAAUCUCGGCGUGAAACUCUUUCUCACCAAUCCACAACAGACAUCGCUGCUCAGCCAGUACGUUUUCACUUUGGCUCGCUACGAUCCCAAUUACGAUGUGCGCGAUCGUGCGCGCUUCUUACGCCAGUUUAUUUUCCCAGCCAAUGGCAGAACUACUGUACUCGCGCAAAAUGCUCGCAAGAUCUUUCUCUCUUCGAAGCCUAAGCCCGCGCUCGAGAGUAAAUAUCGCGAGCGUGAUCACUUCCAACUUGGCUCACUAUCUCAUUAUCUGAAUAUGCGCGCCACUGGUUAUAAAGAUUUGCCACCAUUUCCUACUGAGGCGCUUGAUGCUUCCGUGCGUAAUAUCGAAGGCUACAUGCAGGAGUCCAGCACUGCAAAUGCGGGCGCUGCAGGCGGGGCUGCAAGUGGUGCGGCCACACGCACACCACAGAAACAAAGCAACAAAAAUGCGCAUACGCCCAAUGAUAAGAACUUCUUUUCAGAAUCAGAGAAGUCUUCCGACUACUCAGAAUCUGAGUCAAGUAGCAGCUCUUCGUCCUCUUCAUCGAGUGAUGGUGAAUCCUCUGAAUCGGAAACGGACCAAGUAAAUGAUGCGGCUGCUGCCAAUGCGAAUCGGAAAUCAAUAGCAGACGAGCGCAAGUCGGUUACAACAACUGUGCUGGUAAAUGCGGCAGCUAGCAAUGGAAAUAAUAAUGUACACCUGAAUGUCAACAAUAAUGGCAACAAAGAUACUGGCACUUCCGAUAGCGAAUCUUCUUCGUAUGGCUCAUCUGAAAGUAGCACAGACAGUGGUUCAGGCACUGAAGAUGGUUCAGAAAGUUCCGAAUCGGAGACGGAAAGUGAGAAGCAACGCAAAUUUCAGCGUGUCAAAGAAAAGGCCAAGGAAGCGAAAGCUAAAGAGAAGGAAAAUACUACGGUUGUGGACGCGACAGCGACAGCUGCGCCAUCGAAAAUGAACUUGGAUCUGCUGUUAGACUUGGAUGAUAUACCGCCCGUCGGGCCAGUAAUGACACCGUCGCUUGGAGGAUUUCUAACACCUGCUACACCAUUAGGCGGUGCCGUUGGUCUGCUACCCGUCAACGCUGCCAACCGCAUUGAACUGGUCGGUCCCUCACACAUCGAAUUCAAGCAUCGCGAAUUGCUUAAUAAACUCUCCGGGCAUGGCCUUCAAGUGAGUUAUCGUUUUACACGCGCACCACAUCUAUACUCCUCCGCCAUGGUUUCGAUCGAACUACAAUUUGUCAAUCUGUCCAACACCGAAAUAACCAAUAUUCAUCUCAGCCAGCAAACGCUGCCAACCGGUAUGAAUCUCAAUGAAUUCGCGCCCAUGCAAUGCUUGCAACCCCAACAGAUGAGCACUAGUGUGCUCGGCAUUGACUUUAAUGAUUCUACACAUGCCGUAGAGCUGGAAAUCACUACAAGCGCUGGCAAGUCACGUGUCACACUCAAGCCACCGGUUGGUGAACUGGUGCGUUCAGUGCAAAUUACGGAGUCGUACUUCAACGAGGAGCGCACCAAGUUGCGCGGCAUGAAUGAACAUCAGAGUCGCUUACAGCUGCGACGUGAUGCAGUGGAUUUAGUCGCAUUGAAGCAGCGUAUUUUCGAAACUAUUAAUGUGGCACAUAUUGCAGGCAAUGAGGCAAACAAUAAUUUGCUUUAUUUUGUGGGGCAAACUAUGAAUUCAAGAAGUUUGGUGUUAAUUACUUUAGACUGGCAGGUAGCACAGGGCGAGCAAUUGGCUUUGAUAGUGAACUGUGAGAAAAUGGUGAUUGGCUCGAUGGUGUUGAAUGAAUUGCGGAAUGCGCUCAGUUUAGCUUUUCAAUGUUAGAAGCGGAAUGUAGAAAAGCAGACGGAGGAAAUACUAACUCGAAAACAUGUUUUUUUAUUAUGUAUAUUUUAAGGAAAAGUUUAAUGGAACAAAUUUAUGAAAUCAAUUAUACGCAUUAAAGAAAAAAGUAUUGCUAACACAAAAAUUCUAUUUCGACUGCAUGACACCUUGAAUGAACUCCAAAUUAUCAACGAAAAUGCUUGGCAAAAUGCGAAAUUAAAAUUUAAGAACAAAUUAUGAAUAGCUAAAUUGCUUUUAGGAUAAAAAAGCGCGAAUUCAAAUUGUGCAAAUAGCAAAAAAAAAAAAAACUACGCUGUAAAAAACAAUGCUGCAUGAACUGCUCAAAAUAUUAAAAACUUCAACUAUUAAAUUAUGUUUUAUUUCUUGCAGUAAUGAAAAUUUUGCGUGAAUUAUAACGUAAAAAAUAUAAUAAAACGAAAGGAAUUAUGAAAGCCAAGAAAUGAAAUGAAAGCCAAGAAGUAGCUACUGAGCAGUAUCAGAACUGUAGCACGCGUAAGAAAGAUUCAUCACGUGAUUGAAGGAGCAACUAUUUCAGCAAAAUACAUUAUUACAUAUUUUUCUAACUUUUAAUGUUUGUGUUCAGUGCUGCUUGUGGGUAAAAUGUACGAGAUAUGCAGCUAAAUAAAUCAAAUAAAAAGAAAAAAAUUAUAAGUAAAAAGCCACUAAAACUCCUACUCUAUAGGGCAGAUAGUACAGGGUGAAUGAUAUGAAGUGUUACCUAUUCAAAACACCAUAACUUUUUUGUGUGAUAUUAGUUUUUAUUGAUUUCAAAGACAAAAUUGUUCAAAAAUGAUGACAAUUUUAACAUAUAUUCACUUUAGCUCGAUAUGACCACCUUUUGCCUUGACUAUAGCCUUCAAACGGUCAAAAAAUGAGUUGCAUGCUGCACGAAUGCGAUCAUGAGGUAUUUUGGCCCAUUCUCGUAUAAUCGCUUUUUGCAGCGCUUCCAUACUGGCAUAUUUUUUAGUCCUCACCUUGCUCUCCAAAAUGGACCAGAUGGAAUAGUCCAUCGGAUUUGCGUCUGGUGAAUUCGAAAGCCAUUGUGUGGACGAAAUGAAGUGUGUAACAUGAUUUUUUAACCAUUCUUGGUUCACACGAGCUUUAUGAGACGGUGCCGAGUACUUUUGGAACGUCCAUGGUCUACGAUCGAAAUGUUUGAGUGUCCACGGCUCUAAAGCAACUUCUAAAACAUUUUCCCGAUAAUAAGUCGCAUUCACUUUGACAUGAGGUUCGAUAAAAACGAUUGGAGAGCGUCCAUCAGCGGUCACUGCGGCCCAAACCAUUACUUGCGAUUGGAAAUUGCUUCGAGUGGCCAUACGUAGGCUCAAAUUCUCGUAUGAGCGUUCGGUCAAGUAAACACGAACGUUUUGAGUGUUUAUGAACUGCUCAAUUGGAAAAUUUUUUCAUCAGAAAACACAAUGUUAGGAAAUUCGCCACGUUCGUGUAAGCGCAACAACUCCUUUGCUCUUUCGAACCGAAUUUUUUUUUGCUGGGGCGAAAGAUCGUGUGCUUUUUGGAACUUGUAAGCCUUGACCUUGAUCUCAUUUUUCAAUAUGCGUCGAAUGCUGUCUUGCGAUAUUUUGAGUUCUUUGGCCAUUUUUCUUCCACUUCGACGUGGAUUUCGUUCUAGUUGAGCCUUCACUUUCCGAUCCAUUUCUCGCGUUGUUGCGGUUUUUUUAGUCCACUUCCUUAGCGUUUUGCAAUGCUACCAGUAUCGUUGGAACUUUUUAUAGUGCGAUACACAAACAUUUUAUUCAUUUGAGGUGACUGAGCUCACGAACAAUGGCUGGUUGUGAUUUUCCAGCCAAAUAUAACGCAAUCACACUUUUACGUUUGAAUUCCAUCACAGAAAAAAAAAAUUCAACAAAACUGAGACGCAAAUGCUUUUGAUGGCUUAUAAGCAAUAUAUUGAACUGUCAUUAGAACAAUUUUGACGUUGGUGUCAUGAGCUGUUUUACAGAUACAAGCAGUGUGAAGUUGGUAACACUUCAUAUCGUUCACCCUGUAUAUGAAAUCAGGCAGAUGUGGCCCGGUAUCCGUGGUAAGAGCUGCAAUGACCCGAUUUACACGAGGAGACAUGUGGAAGGGAGACACUGGAAAUUCUCUUUUGAUGUUUCAUUCGCGUACACACGGGCAAAAAUAUUUCCGCGACAUUUUGACAUUUAAUACUUUAGCAUCGUCUGGUUCGGAUGUAUUCUAGCACGCGCUUACAUGUAAAGCAGAGAGCGUUCGACAACAGUUUCUUAAAUAUAUGAAUGAAAAAUGCAAACUGGUUAAAUAAUAAAUAAUUUGCUGUUUUUUUAUUGAAAUAUAUUUAUAAAUUCUUAUACUUGAAUAAAAAAAAUUAAAUUAAAAAUACUUCAUAUGUGAAUAAUUAACUUAAAAUUAACUUGAGUAUCUAGAAAUGCAGGGAAAAAUUAGAAAUCAACAUAAACAUGUCCCAUAACUAUUUUAAAUUAUACCUAAUUUACUAGCAAAAAUAAUCGUGCAUUUCCCAAGCAGCGUUCGGAUGUUUGUCAUUGUUGUUAUCUUCCGUUUGUAUGAAAACCAACACAUAACUUAGAACUUUCUUCCACAAAAGAAGAAAACGAAUGAAGCAACUGUCAAAAAUUGCUUUAAGAUAAGAAAUACGAAUAAGAAGAGCAAAGCGUGUCGCCGAGUACGGGAGACAAAAUCCCUUCUCUCUUCCCCGACCGUCCUUCGCCCCCGAACAAAAUGUUUCCCUUCCAGAUGUCUCCUCGUGUAAAUCGGGUAAAUGUGGAUAUUUGCCACAUGCUCCUUCACGCUAUCAACUUCAUGAAUCAUUAUUCAGAAUCCUAGCUGGCAUUUUUUUUUUUGUAAACAGAGAAAUGGCGAAAUGCAAAGAAAAUUCAUAAAAGAAUAGCCAACUAAAUAUAAAUAUAAAGCUUAAAAACUGACUAAAUAAUGUUCAUAUAGAAGUGUGCAAAUUUUCAACAACUAGAAUAACUAAAAACCUAUACAAUUAAAAAAAAAUAUAUAUUACAAAAGGGUUGCAAACUGACUGUAAAAUAAAUAAAAUUGUAUAAAUGCAAAGUCUUAGAUAUCUACAUGAAUAAUUUUGGAUUUUCUUUACAUAAAAAAACUGUAUUAUCUUCAACAACUUUUCUUUAUUAAAAAUAAACUAAAUGAUUAUCAUAAGGCUUGCUAUUGCUUUAAGCAUAUGCCUAAAUAUGUCUAAAAACAAAAAUGUUACGUCCAGAAAAUUAAUUCAAAAUGGCACCUUGUUAAAUAAUGAAGUGAAGAAUAAUUGGCCAAUUUUGUGUCACAAUCACAAUCAGAAAAUAGUCAUCAAUAUCAAUCUCUAAAAUCUGCUUUUAAGUGAAUUACGAGUUUUACUCUUCGAAAAAUAAAAUAUGGCGUAUCUUGAACGUAACUAAUCUGCUGUUGUAAAUCUGUUGCCUUUAUGUGUAUUUGUAAAUUGUAUAAAUAUACUACAUGCAUAUUUAGAUGUAUGUAUAUGUGCUUGUAAGCUAUUGCAUUGUAUUGUGAAAGAAAACAAACUUAACUUUUGAGGCCUUCUCUUGCUCUGUAACAAUAAUCGAACUGCAAAUCCAACACAAUGUUUUUUCUAAAUAUUACAACUCAUAGAAGUACUUAAGAAAUACAAGACCGGCGUAAUGCCCCUUGUGAUUACUGCUCGUUUUGAAUUAAAUGAUAUAAAAUGAAACGGUAAUUUGUGCUGUAAUACGUUUUGAGUUUUCCCAUAUCGAAUGCCGUAAUCUGAGUUGAAAUUUCGUGACAAAUUGUAUUAUAAGAAGAGUGUUGAUCGGCCAUUAUUUUUUUUCGUUUUUUGAGAAACGCCUAAAAGUUUAUUUAACCCUUUCGAGCCGGCAUUCAGCCUAUUAAAUAAAAAUAAUUUAACUAGCUCCAACUUAUUGGAUUACUGAUAACUGAAAAGUGUGCAUUUAAAGAUUUCCCAAUUUCGUCAUGGGAGGGGCAGAGGGGGGUGGUACAACAUUGUACCAUCAGUACCUUUGAGUGGUAUUACAUGUGUAUCAUCAGUCCUCUAUCGACAAGUAGUAAAACUAAGUAUAGAAUUAAAUUUUUAUAUCAUUUAAUGGUGAAAAAUUCAAGUUAUACAAAAAUAGUAUUCUUAUUCAAACAGAUUUUUAUUCGAAAUAAACGUAAAGUAUCAUAAAAAAUGUACGGAAUCUACUGAUUUUCAGUAUGAUAAGUGGCGAAGCAAUUCAUGCAAAGUGGUAUAUUACAUUGCUGACAAAUUUGUUUUGUUUUGGUUUGCUUUUUUUCUAACGCACAUUUGGAGCAACGUCUGCGAGUUUGAAUUGGCACCGGCAAAUGCAAAGAUACGUUUCUCAGCUGUCUCUGAUCUGCAGACGGCUGCAGUUUUCUUACCUUCUGCUAUUAAUGACUCAGUUAAUGUUAUUAGAAAUUCGAUGGGAGGAAGUUUUUCUCUUCUAAGGUCGCAGUAAAUUGUCCAGGAAUUUACUGCGGAAAACAUUAGUAGAUGGUAGAAAACCUUUUUCCACCAUUUGGUAGACUUCCUAUCGUAUUCGUAAAUUCCUGCCAUUUGGUCGGCGUUUAAACUUUAUAGAUUCAGGGUAUGAUACUAUGAUACUGAUAUUUUUUCCAUCUUUCAACGUUUUAUUAACUGUUGUCAUUGUUGACGUAUGACAGUUGCUUAGCACCAUAACUUCCUUUGUAUACUGCCACUUAACGCAAAGAAGGCCAGAUGUGCUGACCCUGAAUGAAGACUCGCUUUUAUUUAUUUCUCAUCUAAUACUGGUAGAUUUUUUCUGUUUCGCAUGCAUGUCCCUAAAGCUGGGAACUCUCGAGUCUCAAGUAGAUUCACAGAAAUAAAAAAUCUAUCGAAACAUACCGUCACAUCACGUUCUCUAAUUGUACUUACUAAGUUUUUAAUCACACGUUCUCCCAAAGUACCAUCACACUAAUUUUGUUUCCUUCCAUUAUAUAUUAUAUAUUAAAAUCAUAUGUAUACAAGGUCUCAGAGUCGCAUCGCAGCCACAUUUUUAUACCACGUUUUAUUGGCUUGAGUGACAUAUAUUGUUUUAAGGACGAUCUUCCUUUAAAUUUCGUCAUUGAUUCAUCAAUACUCUACCUAAUACUAUCCUGUCGGUAUUUCUGAAAUGUAUUUUUAAGAUACUCGACAACAUCAUCUAUAUAGUAUGUUUUGCUACAGUCCAUGGGCUUUUGAGGAGGUGCGAAAUAUAAUUUUGAUGAUAAAAAUGUAUAGCGGUCACGAGAUAUAGCACACUUAAUAGAAUAAUUACUCAUGGAUGGAUGGUUUGACCAGUAAUGUUUCAAUUCCGGAACUUUGUUAUAAGACAUAACAAACAUACAGCCUAGGAGAAUUUGUAUUUCUCCAACAUCAGUUUUUAAAAUAUUAGUCCAUUUUUUUCCAGUUCGAAAUUCAUCAAUGCGCUCAUUUGUGCAUUGUACGAUAUACAUGCAUAGGCUACGAGGAAACAGCUUAUGACAAAUUUCGAUUGCCGAAGAAGUACGGGGAUUCCUGGAUUUAUAUUACACUCACGAUAAUCACUUACAAAAUGCUUAGGAACAAAAUUUCCUUCAGGAGAAGACCAUAACCUUCCUUGUUGUUGAUGGGGUUCUUCUAAUUCAUCCAUCGAAACGGUGCUUUCAACUUCUCACAGUUCACUUUUCGACGAUGCAGAUGAACUAGAUUCCUCGUCCUGCAAACCCGAUUCCGGCUCAAAAUUGUCAUCACUUCCGCUGGAAAAAUCACUUUCUACAUUUUCGGCAUCUGAGUCCAGUAUUUCAUCCAGCCUCAUUUCCGUUAUUUCAUCUGUCCUUAGUUUUCUCGAAAUGGUAUCACUUUAUAAAAAAAGAGGACACUUAGUUAUUGCAAAUAAGCACUGCUGGUACACAUAGAUACCGCUACAAAAGACUGCUGGUACGUAUAAGUACGGUCUUAAAACCCCUCAAGAAUAUACAAAUCAAAAUAUUAUUUUCAUUAAUUAUACUUACAUUUGAAGAGGGAAUGAUUAUAUCCAAUUUUAUUAAUUUUUUGGCACCUCACACCUUCUUUUACAAUAUUUUUAGCACAAAAUCAAACACGUGUCGUAAACCUUCGCUAUUUCACUCAAAACUGUGCACGCUACGAGAGAGAAAAUGAAUUAAUGUUUCCAUGUACCGUUAGAUAACAUAAAAAGCCUGCUUUGGUACAUUUUAUAUUGCGUUUGGCGCCGAUUUUGGGGAUUUAGACCUUUAUAAACAUUUAGUGGUACAUAUGGUGUACCAGGAGGUUCGAAAGGGUUAAAACUCAAUGCCUUGGACUUAACACAGGUUCUGCAUUACAGUUUUAUUUUUCGCGAAAUAAUAUUAACUUAUUUUCGUAAAUUAAUAUUAUAUUAAUUAAUUUUUUUACUGCCUCUGAUAUACAUAUUUUUUGCUUGUAAAAACCUGAAAACUCAUUAUACUAUUAGUUAUAUUUUAUUUUGCUGCCUCUGAUAUUUUUGUUUUUAAUAUAAAAAAUCAUGAAAUUUAACUUUAUGCCCUGCUAUACCUAAAUAAAUGUUUCUAAUGCUAAAAGUUACGAAAAAAAAAAUUAGGAAAUACAUUGGGCAAACAAAACCAAAUCUUUAAUAAGUGAAAGACUUUUAAAAUUUACCCAAAUUGUGUCAAAAUUAAAAUUUCACCCACAUAAAAAUAAACGCAUAAAUAUAUAUACAUAA